AGCAAAAUGGCGGACGUAGUGCAUGUGGCAGAGAAAGUAAAGAAAUACGAAGAAUUCGUGAAUGAAAGACUGAAGAAAGAUCUAGAAACUGUACAGAAAGCGCAAGAACAGGCACACUCCAAAAUUUCAGAGUAUUUACAGCUAAAAAGUGUCAUAGAAAACAUUAAAAACCGCGAUGGAGCGGCUGGAAAAGCGCUGAAGACACAAGUAGAUCUCGGAUGUAACUUCUAUUGUCAAGCGCAUAUUACAGAUCCAUCGAAAAUAUUAGUCUUAGUAGGCUAUGGAUUUUAUGUGGAAUUCACUUUGGAUGAGGCUCUAGAAUUUAUUGAGAAAAAAUGCACCCAACUAACUACACAUGUCUCAAAGUUGGGAAAUGACUCCGCUAACAUAAAAGCGCAUAUAAAACUAGUUAUGGAAGGACUAAGAGAAUUGCAGGAUAUUGGAACACACAAGGACCAACCCAGACCUCUAUGGUAAGAAAGACUCGAACACGAUGGUCUGAAACAUCUAGGAGUUUUUACAUGCGAGGUUCUUUGCACCUCUGGCUCAUGGAGGAAAGAUCAGUAAAGGGCUGGAGAAAAUCCAGCUGAAAGACAGUAACGUGUAUCUCACUUUGUAAUGUGCAAUACCAGCCAUUAACUCAGUUCUAUUUACACAGUUCAUGUAGUUGUUAUGUUUUGUUUACCCAGUGAUGGAAAUGGUCAGCCCACGAAAAUUAUCAAAAAUGCAGGGAUUUUGAUCCCUUUUGUUAAGAUGCAUGGUAGUGCUAUCACGACACACUGAUAUAGGUAUGAAAAUAUAAAUUUCUUCUUAGGUCAUUAGUUUGGACAGUGUGGAGAGGGUACUGGCAUAGUUUUAGAGUGUUUAGACACA